AACAUACUGUAAAAUCAAGAUCUACCCAUGACAACACAAGAUGCCAGCCAAGCUAAUGGGAAUUUUUUGACUCAAAUGCCAACUGGACUUAAUGAAUCAUCUCCUGACCCCGUGAAAACUACACAAAUUAUCAACCGACAAACUCGGGAGAGCAUUUCAGAUCACUCACCAGAUGGACAUAAUGUAUCUACACCUGGUCCAGAUCUGACCACAGAAGACUUCAAGCAGGCAAAUGAAGAGAAAGCAACUAAUUUCACUUAUAUGGUGUAUGAGAUACUCCUAUCUGGUGUUUCUGGUACUUCUGUGGAAAAAAAUAUCACUUUGGACAGCUCAGCUAAAGUUGAGCUCUCAUGCAGCCUGGCUGGUAAAUAUCCUCAUUUGAAAAUUCUUCAAGUAGCUUGGAAGAAGGGAAAUGAAACAAUCAAGCACAUCAAUAAAACGGAAAAUAGCUGGAGCAUCCAGUUGACAAUCACAGAUGAAAAUGAACUGGGAAGUUACAGUUGUACUCUUAAAGGAGAAGAAGAAGAAGAACUCAAAGCUGUGUUCCAUUUACAAGUACCAAAAAUUGAAGACAAAGAAAAACCCAUUAUCAGUUAUGAAGGAGAUUCAGUUGUAAUGAUAUGUAAAAGUUCCAAUUAUACUCCCAUCACUUGGACCUGGUACCUGACCAAUGGAAGCGAACAGAUUGCCAUUAAUGAUUCUUUGCUGUCAGACAAAUAUGUAAUUGAUCGAGUACCUGCAAACACAACCCAUCUCAAGAUAUUGAAGCUUACUAAGAAAGAUGAUGGUGCAUACUGGUGUGAAGCUGUUUUUCAACUAGGAAAAAGUAAAGGAAAGCUGAAGCUUAAAGUUCUCACCUUCAUGGUGCCACUCAAACCAUUUCUAGCAAUACUGGCUGAAGUUAUUAUUUUAGUAGCUCUUGUUUUCCUCUAUGAGGUGUACUCUAAAAAGAAGGAGAAGCCCGCAGAAGAUGAAAAAGAAUUUGAACAAGUUGAGCAACUUAAAUCAGAAGAAAGCAAUGGAGUGGAAAGCAGUAGCACUAGGCACAGGAAAGUGUAAAUCCCUUCCUAAAGGAAGGAGAUUUAAGCCAACAGAAUUGGAACACUGUAACCAUUACAAAGCUAUAGAAGAUGUAUGCAACUAUGCAUUUUAAACAUCCACUAUGCAUCUACAUAAACUUCUCUAUACUUACUUGUGAGAAAUAAGAUGCUUUAAAAAUAGCUGUGAAACUAAUCAUUUUAUACAGACAACAUUGUAUUCUGAUAUACUGCAUUUAGACCUUUGCUUUCUAUAAUAUCAGUGUUUGUCCUUUUACUACUAAAAGGCAAUCAUUAUGCAACCACACUUCUAGUUAUUUUACAGCUGAUCUGUUUGAUUUUUUGUGCCCUAAAUUGGGACUAAUUUUGCAUUCACUGAAUGGGCAGAGUGGGCCCAUUAUCUAAAAGUGAAUAUUGAAGACUUCUUAUAAAGCUGGACUUGUAAGAUCAAAAAAUUUCCACCGAAGAGAAUAUCUUUUACUAGCAGAUUAGGCAAAUGUGUCACACAGCCAUUUUUACCAAAGAAAUGGUGAAAGGGAAAUCUUUAUCAUGAUUUAAAUGAAAGAUUAAUAGUUUUGCAAUUUGCUGUGGCCACUAAAAUAAAAUGUCUUCAUUUGAAUUUUUGCUCAGAUUCAUUUAAAUCAGGAAAAAUAUAGGUAUAUUCUGAAUAUUUAAGAUAAAAAUUUCCUUAUGAUGCCCUGCCAUAUGGCUCUGCUACCAUGCUGUAAUUCUAGAUAGCCUAAGCAUUUCUGUGCAGGUAAAGUUCUAUAGCCAUAUUUCAGAAUAGCUGGGAGAAAACAAGCAGAAAGGACACAGUAUCAUAUAGUAAUAUAACUGAGUUAAUUCCCAACUCUUACACAAAUUACCUCAGGAUCUGAGAGUGCCACAGAUGAGCAGUUUUAGGAUUGUAAUUUGUGCAGAAGAUAGAACUUUUGGAAGAAUAGUUAUAUGGUUCAUAUGACUGUAACUUCUGGCUUAAUACACAACCAAACAGUCUUUGGUCUAAUUGGCAUUCCUACUUUCUGUAGCAUACUCUACUGUUGUUUAACAAAUUCCCACUCCAAACACAGAGAAGGUCUUAAGCAGCGAAAAUUUUUAGGGUAAUAGGAUAAAGCAGGAGAGCUCUGUCAUAUACAGUUGUAAUACUGCUAUUAUGACUUACCAUAUUGCCAUAGAAGAGCUAGUCGCUGCACUUUGAAAUGUACCAAUUCAUUGUGUUACAUAUUCAGCAAAUAAAAAAUGUACAGCUAAUGGUAAACCAAUUGAUUACACUAGUAGCCUUUUUAAGAAAGGGAAAAGUAUACUGCUCAAAAGCAUUCCUUCUCUCAGCAACAGUGUAAGAAAAACCAGGCAGCGUUUGCAAACUCUUGAGUCAAGAGAAAAGAAAAACCAUCUCCUGAAUUGCACAGCCUCAGGUGGCUGUUUCUUUCUCAAGACACAAAGUAUACACAAAAGAUAAAAAUGGUGGGGGGGGAGGGGAAGGAAUGGAAUUAAACUUAAUUUUCAGCUUUUAUGGUUUGAAAAUAUCAGGAGGGCUAUCAUUGGAUGUUUUGGUGGGGGAAAAUCAGUCUGAUCUGUGCAUUUUUUGUUUUGAAUUAACACUUUAAAAUUGUACGAAUUAAAGCUAGAAAAUGAAGUCUAAAUAAAAAGCAAUGGGCAGCCUAAAAUGAUUGACUUUAAGGGCUGAACAUUGAUAAAGAUUUCCCUUAAAUAUACUGUUUAUUGUAUUUGGCCUUGGAGUUUCUAUGCACUAUACAAACAAAAAUGAAUUUACAGUUUUUAUAUGAAUGUAUAUUAUUGAUAUGGCAGUAUUUUUGUUAUAGCGAGUAAAUCUUUGUGCAGUUUACAAAAAAUAUUUCUGUAUAUUGACUGUUUGAAACAAAUUCCAAUAUUAUCACUUUUGUGGAAAAUGUAUUUUUGUUGGAAACCUAGUAAUAAAAAACAUAAGUUUACUUACAGAUCUAUGAAUUAGAUGCUAAAUAAAGAAAAAGGAAGAGGCAUAGGUAUAAUAUGAAAGACAUGCUAUCUGGAAAAACAAAGCAAAAAAAAAAAACCCUUUUAUCAGAAAGGGAAACAACUUAUUGCUACCUUCAAUGAGUGUUCCCACCUGAUCUUGAAACUGCGAGAUGAAGUCUUGGCCACGACUGGUGAGUUACAUGAAUAGAAUAUUUUGCUGUAUCAAAUAAAGGCUGCACUAAAGGCAGGCAGGAAAUGGACUAAGCAUGUGUAUUAGAUCUAUGAUGUUUGUUCCUCCUAUCAUGACUGUAUUGCAGACAAUUUCUUCAAAUUGGCUGCUGAAACUAUAGUUUGAUCGUGACCUGCCUCCAGCAAGUUCUGCUUGCCAUGUCUUCAAGGGACUAGCUGUUUACAUUUGGGUUGGCAAGUAGUUUCAGCCUUCAUAUCCUGUUUGCCUAGGCUCAAACCUUCCUGGGCUCCCCUACAGGGGGAAUGAUAAAUAUUAAAUAAUAAAUAUUAAAUAAUUGGCAUAACUCCAAAGGUGAAAACCCCCCAUUUUUUAGUCCAGAUACCAAACAGAAAGCUCUAGAGAUGUAUAAAUUCAUAUUUUACUAGAAAUUAUAUUUUGUGUAUGUUCAAAAUAUUCCUAUUGCAGUUGCUUUGUGUAUGUUUUUGUAUGGCAUAGGUAGCUUUUAAUCUAAAAGAACAAAAAUGGGACAAUUUACAAAAAUUCAAGGCAAUGACUUUAUCUGCUUCAAGCCAAAAGAAUACCAAAUGAGGGCCGAAACAAUUCUUAAGAAGGAGACUUAUAUUCUACCUUUAAAUUUUCCCUGAAAGCAUUCCAACCUUAUUGACAGAUACACAAAAUUAGAGAGAAACUCCAACUGGAGUCUUCAGUGUAGGACAAAUGUUUCAACUGGGUGUUUUCUAACCCAUUCUGGUUGGACCUACUAUAGUGCCCAGCAUAUACAGGCUGACUGUGACUAGCCAUAGCAUGCUAUAAUUCCUGUUGGGAGCUCCUGGCGGGAAUAAAAUAAGAAUGGCCAAGGACUGAGGGGGGGAAAAACAGCUCAGAAGGUUUGUUGGAAUAGCAGCAGGUCUUCCUCAGGUUCCUCUGCCCUAAGGGACAGCAGGAGCUGAGAGAAUUUGAUCUUAAGGGUGUAUAAGCAAGAUGGACUGCAAAUCAGUAAGAAAUCAAGCUUUGUUCAUUCUGCUGUUUGUAUUCCUCAUGUAGGAAUUUCUGUACAAUGGCUGAAAACAAGCUCCCAUUGUUAAGCACUAUCAUAGGUGAAAACACAUAAAGCUAAGUAAUACAUUUCGUAAGAGAAUAGAAAGUUAUAUUCUUGGAAACUUUUCUCCACUAGUUUUAAUUAGUUUUACAGAUUUACUAUUUUCUUAUGCCAUAAUAUCAAUAUAAAAAAUACAAUAAACUAUUCUUCAUGAAAAGAUAAUCCAAGUUCCAAGUUUUAUCACUUUUUUACUAAAACUGUCUUUAAUUUCUUUAAAUUUACUGUUGCUAAUUGCACUCACUUUUGUAGCUGAAUUUUUAUAAGACUUCAAAGUUGUACUUUGUUCUAGCCUUGAUUUUUUUUUUUUUUUCUUCCACAUAGAAAUGUUACCCUAAUACAGGAAAAAGAGGACAAUCUUUUUGCAAACAAAAGGUUGAAGGGAAAAAUAACUCAGAUGAAAUUUCUAUCAACUGACUUUCUGAGUUAUUCUCAAACUGACACUAAAAGUUAUGCAACAGUGCCUUGAAGGAAGGAAUUUGUUUGCCAUAUUUUAAAGUUCAUCUUUCUCUUUUGCAAUAUGUUUGUUAGAGUUUCAGAGGAAACUUGACAGCAAAAGGUAUUUUUCUAGUGAAAGAUUACUCAGCCUAAUGCUUUUAUCACGCUUGCCUUAUUUUACAUUCUGAUUUUAUAGUCUGUGCUCACUCAGCUAUGUUUUAUGGUUUUGCUUGAGCAGUAAGAUGUGUAUAGAAAAUGGAAUAUCUUCUCCUGUAUGUUUACUGUAUAUGCAAUAAUAAUAGUCAUAUGAGUAGCGGAAAUCAGCAAUAUUGUACUUACAAACAAUUCCAAUAAAUUUAAACACACAGAUUC